AUGACAACGUUGAGAUCGAGUUGGCAUUCAAGGCUUCGUCAACUUCUAUCCAACGAAGGCGCCAUUGGUCCAUCUAUCAAACUUGAUUCCGAACCUCCUCAUAAGAUCAAAGCUUUCAUUGAGAAGGUCAUCCAAUGUCCAUUACAAGAUAUAGCUUUACCUCUCUCUGGCUUUUGGUGGGAAUACAAUAAGGGGAAUUUUCAUCACUGGAGGCCACUGUUGCUUCAUUUUGAUACAUACUUCAAGACAUACUUGUCAUGUCGAAAUGACCUUACUCUGUCAGAUAAUCUAGAAGACGACAUCCCAUUACCUAAACAUGCAAUUCUACAAAUACUACGGGUGAUGCAAAUAAUAUUUGAAAACUGUCCAAACAAGAGUACAAUUGAUGGUUUAGAGCACUUCAAGCUUUUACUUGCCUCAACAGAUCCUGAGAUUAUUAUUGCGACAUUAGAAACUCUUUCUGCGCUUGUAAAAGUAAAUUCCUCUAAGCUUCAUGGAAGUUCAAAGAUGGUUGGUUGUGGUUCAGUGAACAGCUAUCUCCUGUCCCUAGCGCAAGGGUGGGGAAGCAAGGAGGAGGGCCUUGGGCUGUACUCUUGUGUCAUGGCAAAUGAGAAAGCCCAUGAUGAAGCACCAUGUCCGUAUCCUUCUGAUGCUGAAAAUGGCAGCGACCAUUCCAAUUACCGUGUAGGUUCUACCCUUUAUUUUGAGGUGAACGGACCCUGUGCCCAAAGCAAGGAUCAAAAUGUAGAUACAGUUUCCUCAAGCUUGAGAGUUAUACACUUGCCCGAUAUGCAUUUGUGUGAAGAAGAUGACUUGCCAUUGUUGAAGAGAUGCAUUGAACAGUAUAGUGUUCCUCCAGAGCUCCGAUUCUCAUUGCUCACCAGAAUCAGAUAUGCUCGUGCCUUCCAGGCUCGAAGCAUAAGCAGGCUUUAUAACAAGAUUUGUAUUCUUGCUUUCAUUGUGCUUGUCCAGUCCAAUGAUGCUCAGGACGAGCUUGUUUCCUUUUUUGCCAACGAACCAGAAUAUACAAAUGAAUUGAUUAAAGCUGUACGUUCCGAAAAAACCAUAUCUGGAACCAUCAGGACACUUGCAAUGCUUGCAUUAGGAGCUCAGUUAGCAGCAUAUACGUCAUCUCAUGAGCGGGCAAGGAUUCUUAGUGGAUCUAGUAUCACUUUUACUGGAGGCAAUCGCAUGAUUCUUCUAAAUGUGCUUCAGAGAGCUAUUUUGUCAUUGAAGAGUUCUAAUGAUCCAUCUUCCCUUGCUUUUGUUGAGGCACUUCUUCAGUUCUAUUUGCUACAUGUGGUGUCAACGUCAUCUUCCGGGACUAAUAUUAGAGGGUCUGGCAUGGUACCCACAUUCUUACCUCUACUGGAAGAUUCUGAUCUUGCACACCUUCAUCUGGUUUGUUUUGCUGUGAAAACCCUUCAGAAGCUUAUGGAUUAUAGUAGCUCGGCUGUAUCUUUGUUUAAAGAGUUGGGAGGUAUUGAGCUUUUGGCUCAAAGAUUGCAAACUGAGGUUCACAGGGUCAUUGGUUUAGUUGGAGAAAAUGAUAAUUUGAUGCUCACUGGUGAAAUCACAAGACAUAAUACUGAUAUGCUUCACUGUCAGAAGAGACUCAUAAAAGUGGCCCUUAAGGCACUUGGUUCCGCAACUUAUAACCCUGCUAACCCUACCAGAUCUCAACACUCUAAUGAUGGCCAAUUGCCAGCGACUCUGGUCUCGAUUUUCCAGAAUGUAAAUAAAUUUGGAGGUGACAUUUACUAUUCAGCUGUUACUGUUAUGAGCGAAAUGAUCCACAAAGAUCCUACAUGCUUUUCUGCUCUGCAUGAAAUGGGUCUUCCUGAGGCUUUUUUAUCUUCAAUUGUAUCUGGAAUACUUCCUUCUUCGAAGGCUUUGACAUGCAUUCCAAAUGGUCUUGGGGCCAUUUGUCUUAAUGCCAAAGGCUUAGAGAUUGUCAAAGAAACAUCAUCACUGCAGUUCCUUGUUGACAUCUUCACAAGUAAAAGGUAUGUCUUAGCCAUGAAUGAGGCUAUUGUUCCUUUGGCAAAUUCUGUGGAGGAACUUCUACGACAUGUAUCUUCAUUGAGAGGUACUGGUGUUGACAUUAUCAUUGAAAUCAUCAAUAAGAUUGCAUCCUUUGGAGACGGUAAUGCUACAGGAUCUUCAGAAAAAGCUAAUGAGGGCAGUGCAAUGGAAACUGAUUCUGAAGAUAAGGAAAAUGAAAACCAUUGCUGCCCGGUAGGUUCAGAAGAUUCUGCCACUGAAGGGAUAAGGGGCGAGCAGUUUGUUCAGCUAUGCAUUUUUCAUUUGAUGGUAUUGGUUCACCGGACUAUGGAAAAUGCUGAAACUUGUCGGCUGUUUGUGGAAAGAUCAGGAAUUGAAUCUUUAUUGAAGCUGUUAUUACAACCAGCUAUUGCACAAUCCUCAGAUGGCAUGUCUAUUGCUUUGCAUAGCACCAUGGUAUUUAAAGGAUUUGCACAACAUCACUCCACUCCUCUGGCACGUGCUUUCUGUUCCGCCCUUAGAGAGCACUUGAAGAUAGCGAUAACCGGUUUUGAUGUAGAUCCACGACCUCUGUUACUGGAUCCAAGGAUGGCAACUGAAAACAACACUUUUUCUUCACUUUUCCUGGUUGAGUUCCUUCUCUUUCUUGCUGCUUCAAAAGACAGCCGCUGGAUGACUGCUUUGCUUACAGAAUUCGGAAAUGAUAGCAAGGAUGUUCUUGAAAACAUUGGUCAUGUCCACCGUGAAGUUUUGUGGCAAAUUGCUCUACUUGAAAAUACGAAGCGUGAGAUAGAGGAUGAUGUUGCUAAUUGUUCAACUGAUUCACGACAGGCUGAAGUUGAUGCAAACGAAACUGAAGAUCAAAGGUUCAAUUCUUUCAGGCAGAUUCUUGAUCCAUUACUCAGAAGAAGGACAUCAGGCUGGGGAAUAGAAUCACAGUUUUUUGAUCUUAUUAACCUCUAUCGAGAUUUGGGCCGUGCCACUGGUUCUCCACACCGAACAAAUUCUAUUGGUUCUUCAAACAGGCGGUUGGGUUCCAGUAAUCAGUUGAAUCAGUCAGGGUCUGUGGAUGUUUCUGGGGCUAAUAAUAAGGAGUGUGACAAGCAGAGGACGCAUUAUACUUCUUGUUGUGACAUGGUCAGAUCACUUUCAUUUCACAUUACCCAUCUGUUCCAAGAGUUGGGAAAAAUAAUGCUGCAACCUUCUCGACGACGUGAUGAUAUUGUGAGCGUAAGCCCUGCUUCAAAAUCAGUGGCUUCUACUUUUGCAUGCAUUGCUCUAGAUCACAUGAAUUUUGGUGGCCAUGUAACUGAAGCUUCAAUAUCAACAAAAUGCCGUUAUUUUGGCAAAGUCAUGGAUUUUUUUGAUAUUAUUUUAAUGGAGAGGCCAGAUUCUUGCAAUCCUGUUCUGCUGAAUUGUUUGUAUGGGCGUGGAGUAAUUCAAUCUGUAUUGACCACAUUUGAAGCGACUAGUCAAUUGCUCUUUGCAGUUAAUUGGUCCCAUGCAUCACCUAUGGAAACUGAUGAUGGGAAUGCAAAGCUUGAUGACAAGCAAGAUACAGAUCAUUCAUGGAUUUAUAGUGCUUUAGCUAGCUAUGGUAAAUUUAUGGACCAUCUAGUGACCUCCUCUAUUAUAUUAUCGUCAUCAACAAAGCACUUGCUUGCACAGCCCCUUAUAAGUGGUGAUUCCCCUUUCCCACGGAAUGCAGAGAUAUUUGUGAAGGUCCUCCAGUCUAUGGUGUUGAAGGCAGUGCUUCCAGUUUGGAUUCAUCCCCAGUUUGUUGAUUGUAGCCAUGAUUUUAUUUCAACAGUUAUCUCUAUGAUUAGACAUGUUUAUUCAGGGGUUGAAGUAAAGAAUGUAAAUGGCAACAGCAAUGCUCGUGUUACCGGGCCUCCCCCUAACGAGACAACAAUUUCAACAAUUGUAGAGAUGGGUUUCUCCAGGUCUAGAGCCGAAGAAGCUUUAAGGCAAGUUGGGUCAAAUAGUGUGGAGUUGGCAAUGGAGUGGUUGUUUUCCCAUCCAGAGGACACUCCUGAAGACGAUGAACUCGCCCGUGCACUUGCCAUGUCCCUUGGAAACUCUGAAUCAGACAUAAAGGAUGCUGCAGCAAAUGACAAUGCUCAACAGGUUGACGAAGAGAUGGUCCAACUUCCUCCUGUUGAUGAGCUGUUAUCAACUUGUACAAAACUUUUGCAUAAGGAAUCUCUAGCUUUUCCUGUCCAUGAUUUGCUUUUAAUGAUAUGCUCUCAUGAUGAUGGUAGAUAUAGAUCUAAUGUUGUCACUUUUCUUGUUGACCGGAUCAAGGAAUGUGGAUUGGUUUCUAGUCAUGGAAAUGAUACCAUGCUGGCUGCACUGUUUCAUGUUCUUGCUUUAAUUCUUAAUGAGGACCUUGUAGCAAGGGAAACUGCUUCAAAAAGUGGCUUCAUCAAAAUUGCAUCAGAUAUACUCUAUCAGUGGGAUUCAAGUCUUGAUCAAGGGGAGAAAGGCCAGGUUCCUAAAUGGGUCACGGCUGCUUUUCUUGCAUUAGACAGGCUGCUGCAAGUGGAUGAAAGGUUGAAUUCUGAAAUUGUAGAGCAGUUGAAGAAGGAAGUUGUGAAUAGUACGCAGACCUCACUUACCAUUGAUGAUGAUAAGCAACACAACAUACAGUCUGCAUUGGGCCUGUCUUCCAAGUUUGCUGAUAUACAUGAGCAGAAGAGACUUGUUGAGAUUGCUUGUAGUUGUAUGAAGUACCAACUUCCCUCAGACACAAUGCAUGCGCUUCUCCUACUAUGUUCCAAUCUUACAAGGAAUCAUUCCGUUGCUCUUGCCUUUUUUGAAGCUGGUGGGUUUAGUUCACUUCUUUCCUUGCCAACUAGUAGCCUCUUCUCUGGGUUUGACAAUGUUGCUGCUUCUAUUGUCCGUCAUGUUCUUGAAGAUCCACAAACUCUCCAGCAAGCAAUGGAAUCUGAGAUAAAACACAGUCUUGUGGAUGCUUCCAACCGGCAUCCAAAUGGGAGGGUCAAUCCCCGCAAUUUCCUUUUGAAUUUAGCUUCUGUGAUUUCCCGAGAUCCAAUAAUAUUUAUGCAAGCUGCUCAAUCUGUUUGCCAAGCUGAAAUGGUGGGUGAAAGACCUUACAUUGUCUUGCUGAAAGACCGUGAUAAAGACAAAUCCAAGGAUAAAGAAAAGGAGAGGGAUAAAUCAUUGGAGAAAGACAAAGGACCGAGUACCGAUGGGAAAGUUGUUCUAGGAAGUACAACCACAGCAGCUUCUGGAAACGGUCAUGGAAAAAUUAACGAUUCAAAGGGUGUGAAAAGUCACAAAAAACCUAGUCAAAGUUUUGUAAAUGUGAUAGAGCUUCUUCUUGAGUCUGUAUAUACUUUUGUUGUUCCGCCUUUGAAGGAUGACACUGCCUCAAAUACCAUCCCUAGCUCACCAACAUCAAGUGACAUGGACAUUGAUGUCUCUAUGGUGAGGGGGAAAGGAAAAGCAGUUGCCACUGUGUCUGAACGAAAUGAAACCAAUAGCCAGGAAGCUUCUGCAUCACUUGCAAAGAUAGUAUUUAUUUUAAAACUUCUGAUGGAGAUAUUAUUGAUGUACUCAUCGUCUGUUCAUGUCCUGCUUCGGCGAGAUGCUGAAAUAAGCAGCACUAGGGGAACUUAUCAAAAGAGCCACACUGGUUUAAGUGGGGGUGGAAUAUUCUACCAUAUUCUUCGUAAUUUUCUUCCUUACUUUCGAAAUUCCAAAAAGGACAAAAAAGCUGAUGGUGAUUGGAGGCAGAAACUAGCUACCAGAGCUAACCAGUUUAUGGUGGCUGCAUGUGUUCGUUCUACAGAGGCAAGAAGGAGGAUUUUUACCGAGAUUAGUCAUGUCAUAAAUGAAUUUGUUGAUUCUUGUACUGGUGUUAAGCCACCAGGCAAUGAAAUUCAGGUCUUUGUUGAUCUACUUAAUGAUGUUUUGGCAGCUCGCACACCUUCUGGCUCAAGCAUCUCAGCGGAGGCCUCUUCCACUUUUAUGGAUGCUGGUCUAGUUAAAUCUUUUACUCGUACUCUCCAAGUUUUAGACUUGGACCAUGCUGACUCGUCUAAAGUUGCUACUGGAAUUGUCAAGGCUCUUGAGUUGGUAACCAAAGAGCAUGUUCAUUCAGUUGAUUUGAGUGCAGGGAAGGGUGAUAAUUCAACAAAGCAUUCUGAUCCUAGUCAACAUGGAAGAACAAAUAAUAUUGACCACAUAUCCCAGUCCACUGAAACUUCGUCUCAGGUCAAUCACAACUCCCUUCCAGUUGACCAUGUUGAGUCAUACAAUGCGGUUCAGUCUUAUGGUGAGUCUGAAGCUGUUACUGAUGAUAUGGAACAUGAUCAAGAUCUUGAUGGGGGCUUUGCUGCUGCUGACGGGGAUGAGUACAUGCAUGAGAAUGCUGAAGAUGCCAGAGGACGUGAGGAUGGGAUUGAAAAUGUGGGGUUACGAUUUGAAAUCCAACCCCAUGGCCAAGAAAAUCUUGAUGAUGAUGAUGAGGAUGAUGAUGAUAUGUCUGGAGAUGAGGGUGAAGAAGUGGAUGAAGAUGAUGAGGAACACAAUGAUUUUGAAGAAGACGAUGUCCAUCAUUUACCACAUCCCGACACAGAUCAAGAUGAUCAUGAUGAGAUUGAUCCUGAUUAUAAUGCAUUCUUGAAUGAAGUCGAAGAGGAUGAGGAUGAUGAGGACGAAGAUGGGGUUAUACUUAGACUUGAGGAGGGCAUUAAUGGAAUCAAUGUAUUUGACCAUAUUGAGGUUCUUGGAAGAGAUAAUAAUUUUCCAAAUGAAGCUCUUCAUGUGAUGCCGGUUGAAGUUUUUGGUUCUAGGCGUCCUGGACGGACAACAUCUAUUUACAACCUUUUGGGCAGAACUGGUGAUAAUUCUACACCUUCGCGCCAUCCUCUUUUAGUUGGACCUUCUUCCUCAUUCCACCAGUCUAAUGGGCAACCAGAUCGUACGGCAGAGAACUCGGCAGGUUUGGAUAAUAUCUUUCGAUCACUGAGAACUGGACGUCAUGGACACCGUUCAAACAUGUGGAGUGAAAAUAAUCAGCAAAGUGGCAGGUCAAACACUGGUGUUGUACCACAGGGUCUUGAGGAGUUGCUUGUCUCUCAAUUAAGGCGACCCACUCCUGAAAAGACAUCUGACAACAACUCAAAUGAAGCAGGUGAUAGUAAAAUAGUUAAGAUCAGCCAGAUGCAUGAUUCAGGAGGUUCAGGUAUAGAAACCCCAGUCGAAAGUAAUGCGAUUCCAGAAGGUGGUAUAGUGGCUCCCGCAUCAAUUGAUAACAAUAACAACAAUGCUGAUAACAGACCUGCUGGAAAUAGAUCGCCGCAAGCAGAUGUAUCAAACACUCACUCACAAGCAGUUGAGAUGCAGUUUGAGAAUAAUGAUACAGUUGUGCGGGAUGUUGAAGCUGUCAGCCAAGAGAGUGGUGGUAGUGCGGCAACUUUUGGUGAAAGUCUUCGGAGUCUUGAUGUUGAGAUUGGAAGCGCCGAUGGCCAUGAUGAUGGCGGAGAAAGGCAGGUUUCUGCAGAUAGGAUAGCAGGUGAAUCACAGUCUGCACGGACAAGAAGAGCAAACGCAAACGUGUCUUUUGGUCAUUCUUCUCCUCUAGGCGGGAGAGAUGCAUCUCUCCAUAGUGUUACUGAAGUUUCUGAAAAUUCAAGCCGAGAUGCAGAUCAAGAUGGCCCAUCAGGUGAACAACAGGUGAACAAUGAUGCUGGAUCAGAAACAAUUGAUCCUGCUUUUCUGGAUGCUCUUCCUCAGGAGUUGCGUGCUGAAGUCCUUUCAGCUCAGCCGGGUCAAGUGGCUCAACCAUCGAAUGCCGAAUCUGAAAACAGUGGCGAUAUUGAUCCAGAAUUUCUUGCAGCUCUUCCCCCAGAUAUUCGAGCUGAAGUUCUUGCUCAACAGCAGGCACAGAGGCGACAUCAAUCUCAGGAGCUGGAAGGUCAACCUGUUGAAAUGGAUACAGUCUCAAUAAUUGCAACAUUUCCUUCUGAGUUACGAGAAGAGGUUCUUUUAACGUCAUCUGAUGCUGUCCUUGCCAACCUUACUCCUGCACUUGUUGCUGAGGCAAAUAUGUUGAGGGAGAGGUUUGCACAUCGAUACAGCCGUACCCUCUUUGGAGGGCAUCCUAGAAGCCGGAGAGGUGAGACUUCUAGACACGGUGAAGGUACCGGUUCUGGCCUGGAUGGUGUAGGACGAAGCACUGCUUCGCGCAGGUCUGGUGGAGCUAAGGUCUUUGAAGCUGAUGGAGAGCCUCUAGUUGAGACUGAAGCAUUGCACGGCAUGAUUCGGUUGUUUCGCUUAGUUCAGCCAUUGUAUAAAGGUCAAUUGCAGAGGCUUCUUUUGAAUCUUUGUGCCCAUAGUGAAACUAGAACUUCUUUGGUGAAAAUUCUGAUGGAUUUGCUAAUCCUUGAUGUAAGAAAGCCUUCCAGUCAUUGUAGUACAGUUGAACCUCCAUACAGAUUGUAUGGUCGUCAGAGCAACGUAAUGUACUCACGUCCUCAAUCUUUUGAUGGAGUCCCCCCAUUACUCUCACGGCGAAUACUUGAAACUCUCACAUAUCUUGCUCGUAAUCAUCCAUAUGUGGCAAAAAUGUUGCUUCAGCUUAGGCUCCGUCGUCCUGCAGCAAUAGACCCAGAUAGGGCUGAUAUUGCACGUGGCAAAGCUGUGAUGGUUAUUGAAGAUCAAGUAAACAUAGGUGAAAACGAUGAAGAAUACAUAUCCAUUGCAAUGCUUUUGAGUCUCUUGAAACAACCUCUUUAUUUGAGGAGCAUAGCCCAUCUCGAACAGUUGCUAAAUUUACUGGAUGUCAUCAUCGAUAGUGCUGCAGGCAAGUGUAGUUCAUCUGACAAAUCCCAUGUAUCUACAGAGCCAGUACCGGGCCCACAAAUUUCUGCAGUAGAGGGAGAUGUAAAUACAAAUUCUGUUGUUUCACCUGGUCUUGAUGCAUGUCCUAAAGUUGAUGAUUCGUCCAAACCCACAUCCUCUGGUAGUAAGGGAUGUGAGACUCAGCAAGUAUUGGGUAAUCUGCCACAAACAGAACUCCAGCUCCUGUGCUCAUUGCUUGCACUAGAAGGUUUGUCGGAUAAUGCAUAUGGUCUUGUUGCUGAGGUAAUGAGGAAAUUAGUGUCCAUUGCUCCAAUUCACUGUCAGCUUUUUGUCUCGCACCUGUCAGGAGCAGUUCGAGACUUGACUUCAUCUGCUAUGGAUGAAUUACGCACUUUCAGUGAAGCAAUAAAAGCUCUUCUUACUACGUCUGCUAAUGGUGCUUCGAUUUUGAGGGUUUUGCAAGCCUUGAGUUCCUUUGUCACCUCGUCGACUGAGAAAGAGAAUGAUGGAAUUUCUCGUGCUCAUUUUGAGUUUUCUGAAAUCAAUUCAGCAUUAGAGCCCUUGUGGCAUGAGCUGAGCUGCUGCAUAAGCAAGAUAGAAUCCUACUCUGAGCCAGCAUCUGAGAUUUUUACACCUUCUACUUCAUCCGUGUCUAAGCCGUCUAGUGCCAUGCCUCCGCUUCCAGCCGGUUCUCAAAAUAUCUUACCAUACAUAGAAUCUUUUUUUGUGGUUUGUGAGAAGCUGCAUCCUGCACAGUCAGGUGCUAAUAAUGACAAUUGUAUUCCUUAUAUCUCUGAUGUUGAAGAUGCCAGCACAUCAGGUACUCAGCAAAAAACAUCUGGAGCUGCUAUGAAAGUAGAUGAGAAACAUGGUGCUUUUGUCAAGUUUUCAGAGAAGCAUAGGAAGCUGCUAAAUGCUUUUAUCAGGCAAAAUCCUGGUUUACUUGAGAAAUCUUUUUCCCUUAUGCUGAAGAUUCCAAGAUUCAUUGAUUUUGACAACAAGCGUUCCUACUUCCGAUCAAAAAUCAAGCAUCAGCAUGACCAUCACCACAGCCCACUAAGAAUAUCAGUAAGAAGGGCAUAUGUUUUAGAAGAUUCUUACAACCAGCUUCGAAUGAGAUCAACUCAAGAUUUGAAGGGAAGGCUGACUGUUCACUUCCAAGGGGAGGAAGGUAUUGACGCAGGUGGGCUUACAAGGGAGUGGUAUCAGUUGUUGUCUAGGGUUAUUUUUGACAAAGGAGCACUGCUUUUUACUACUGUGGGCAAUGAGUCAACAUUUCAGCCAAACCCAAACUCUGUUUACCAGACAGAACAUCUGUCUUAUUUCAAAUUUGUUGGCAGAGUGGUUGGAAAAGCAUUAUUUGAUGGUCAGCUCUUGGAUGUCCAUUUUACACGAUCAUUCUAUAAGCACAUUCUAGGGGCCAAAGUUACAUAUCAUGAUAUUGAAGCUAUUGAUCCGGCUUAUUUCAAAAAUUUGAAAUGGCUGCUUGAGAAUGAUAUCAGUGAUGUUCUGGAUCUCACUUUUAGCAUUGAUGCAGAUGAGGAAAAGUUGAUCUUAUAUGAACGAACAGAAGUGACUGAUUAUGAGUUGAUUCCCGGUGGACGGAAUACUAAAGUUACAGAGGAGAAUAAACAUCAAUAUGUUGAUUUGGUUGCUGAGCAUCGACUGACUACUGCUAUUCGACCUCAGAUAAAUGCUUUCUUGGAAGGGUUCGGUGAAAUAAUUCCGAAGGAGUUGAUAUCUAUAUUCAAUGACAAAGAGCUAGAACUAUUGAUCAGUGGACUUCCCGAUAUUGAUUUGGAUGACUUGAGAGCAAAUACAGAAUAUUCUGGAUAUAGUGCUGCAUCCCCGGUUAUUCAAUGGUUUUGGGAAGUUGUUCAAGGUUUCAGCAAAGAAGACAAGGCCAGGCUGUUGCAGUUUGUGACAGGCACAUCCAAGGUGCCUCUAGAGGGUUUUAGUGCACUUCAAGGAAUUUCAGGAUCUCAAAAGUUUCAAAUACACAAGGCAUAUGGAAGUUCUGAUCACUUGCCUUCUGCUCAUACAUGUUUCAAUCAAUUAGAUUUGCCCGAGUAUCCAUCAAAACAACAUUUGGAAGAGAGGUUGUUGCUUGCAAUUCAUGAAGCAAAUGAAGGAUUUGGAUUUGGCUGA